AUGAGGUCAUUCAGCAACGCGAUCCGCAGCACCAGCAAAUCGAUAGCGUCCGGGUCGAACGUCCGCUCGCUCCAUGUGGCCAGACCAUGCUUCGCCCAGGUCUCUCCCCCACUCCCCUUCUCCUGGUCGCAUCUCAAGUCUAAUGACCAACGAAACCAGUCGGAGGCUAAGACCGCAAGCACCUCUGCUCUUCCAGACCAUCGUGCAUCGGUGCAGCAAAAGCGCGAUCGUAAGCUUCGCGAGUAUGAGGCCAAGAUCAAGGUCAAGGCCAUGCAAAAGGGCUUGUCGCCUGAAGAGUUUCAGCGUCGAUCUCUCGAAUUCGCCGCCGUGAAGCGAACGCAGUCGGUGGGCUCUAAGGCAACCUCAAGCACAACGGCCAAGUCCAAAGAGACUGCUUCUUUGUCCGAGGUAGAAAAGCGAGAUCAGGCGAUAGCGCAGUCGUUGCGCGAACGCUCCCAGGCGGAAGCAGCGAAAAAGCUCGCCUCUGGACAAGUCCACUCGACUCCUGAAGGCUCACAAGAAGGACCGAUCAAGCCUCUGAGCUCGUUCCUCGAUGUCGACAAGCUUCGGACGCAAGACAAGGAGACCAUCACCAAGCUGUGGGCGGGCUAUCACACCCUCAAGAAUAAGCUUUCUGCCGUGAUUCCUGCGGAAAAGUACCUCGAGAUGCUCGCCAACGCCCGCAAAUAUCCUCAGUUCGUCCUUCCGCUGCCGCGCGAGGUGCUGGAUGAAGAGGCAGAUACAGCUGGCGUAGCGAAGGAAGCGUUUGAGAUGCAAUUCCUCGAGUGGGCCGUCGUGCCCAACGCAGCCGCCGAAGGAGCACCACCUUCUGCUACCACCCUCUUCACCCCUCUGGCAGAGUACAAGCUCAAGCAGGACUUCAGCCAGCCCGUGCUCAUCCUCACCUUCUACACGGAUCUGAGCCAGAGCAACGGUCUGGUGCUCAUGAGAGGCGAAGUCACUGGGCUCAACGAAAAGACGGGCAAGGGAGGCCGAAUCGAUCAGGCGCAAGCACAGUUGCUUGCGCUUACACUGCAGCGUUUCUACCUGCCAUCGACAGCGACUGGGUCAGGCGCCGAAGCCGAGAAGGACCAGUCUGCCCGCGCAAAGCUGCUGCAUGACUUCCACAAGCGCCCAAAAGAGUUUGACGUGGAAGAGCUGGUCAACGUCGCUUUUCGAUUGUAG